GAGCUGCAGGGCCUCUUCCACAGUUUCCAGCAGCAGUUUGAUCGACCCACACAUCAACACUUUGAUGUCGAAACACAGAACACAAGGAUCUCUGGGUUUGUGGUGGGAGGUGAUUGGCUGCAGGAGGAGGAAGAGGAGGAAGAGGAGGAGAGUCGGUGAGAAAGAGGAGGAGACAGCUGAAGUAGGUCGCUGAAGAUCAGACUCCAGAUCAGAUCAGAACCCGAGCGGAGUCGUCUCCAGACAUGGCGGAUGUUCGGGUGCAGUAGUGGUCUCAUGUGGACCGGAUCCUUUGGGGGGACACGAGACCUGCAGCACGUCCGUCCUCCGUCCUCCGACCUCUUCGUCGACACACCACCACCUCCGACCGCAGGCCAUCCUCAGGUCUAGAUGAAACAUGGCUGACUCCUGGUUCUUCUGGGUUUUGGCGGCCGCCAUCUUUGUCUCCAUGGUCCUCCUGGCCGUCGUCUGUCUGAACUGCCGAGACAAUGGGCCUCUGGUCUCGAUCAGGCAAGUGAAUGAUUCAGAAGACUACAUGCCAUCCACUCACUUUAGAGUCAUCCAUCCAUCCUCGACAGACACCGACUUGAACCCCAUCCACCGUCCCUCCAACCAUCUGUCACCUUAUUUACCGUCUGUUGAUGGAGGAACUCAGCGGAGACACAGAUCGUUCACCCCAACAGAAACCGAAAGUAAUCCAAGUUAUGAGAAUCCACCAGAUGGUGCUGACUACAUAAACACUGAGAGCGAUGGCGACGACCCCGGCUACAUAAUCGUGUUGCCCGAAGGAGUAACCCCUCAGACUAAUCAGAGCCGAGCUUCGACGCCCAGUUCAGAUGUUCUACAUGAUUAUGAAAACGUCCCAGAGAAGAAAGUUCUGGUCUCCUCAGAGGACAAAGACUAUCUGAAUGUGGAGCCGCUGCACUUUCAGACAGGAUCAACUCCAGAUCUGUCGGCUCAAAGCGACAGUGAUGACGACGACAGUGAUGAUGAUGAUGACGAUGAUGAAGCGAACUACGUCAACAUACAUGAAGGGCCUCAGACAGACUGACCAAAGUGAGCUUCUAAACUGCCAUCUUCACUUUUCUUUUUCUGCCUUUAAUUCAUGAAGGUGUUUAUUUAAAGCUGCUGAACACCUGAGAAAAGAAACUGAUGAUUGAUGAGACUUUAUGGAGGACAGAAACUCCUUUUCUCUGACUUCCUGAAGAGUUUUUAUCAGGCUGGUUGAAGCAGAAUACUGAGCUCAGACACCAAGAUGCAGAACAAAGCAUCUAAACUGCUGUCUGUAGAUUUAAAGAGACAUAAUUAAUAAUUCAAAAAUCUGACUGGGUGAAAUUUGAGAGCCUGGUUUCCACUUCCACGGUUAGAAGUAUAGAUGGAUACAGUCAUGCCCCUUUAAGAACAACACACUUAAAGGGACAGUAGUGAUGUUUAGAAGUGUGGUUUUACUACACUAAAGUAGAGUAUUACUACAGUAGAUGGAGUAAAGUAAUGUACUGCUGUGGACGUAUUUUAUACUACUAAAAGAAUCAAUCAAGUUUCAGCUAUAUUUAGAAUAUGUUCACCUCUUUACCUUUAUGACUGAAGCUGUUAUCUAUGUUCUCUUCAGAGACACCAGACUCCAUUCAGAAAAAACUGUACAUUUUACCUCUCAGAACACAGGAGUGACUGUUUAUAAGAAUGGACGUAGUUGUCAUGACGUCACCUUAUUGUUUUGUGGACUGAUGUAAUAAAGCCUCAAGUUUGGUGAUGUUGCCGUCGCCAUCUUGGUUUUUGGUCACAGGAAGUGACCAUAUUAGGACUGAGGAGGAGUGACGUAGAGACGCCGUUUACAUCUCUGGUGUCAACCUGUCAAUCAGUGUGUAGCCCGCCUUAAAGCAUACCCUGCUUUAUGGUCUAUUUGACUCAUAAUUUACUAAAUGAACAUCAUGCUGUAUUGACGAAGACUUGAAACUAGAGAUUGAGACUCAUGUUUACAAUGUUUACUGAGGGAAUAAAUCAAGAGAGAAUUAGAGUCAUUUUCUCAUAGACUUCUAUACAACCAGAGGAGUCGCCCCCUGAUGGACACUAGAGAGAAUGCAGGUUUAACACAUGGAGAUUUGACUUCACUCUGCAGAACCAGAGGUUGUCUCCUGGUUGAUGGUCUACUUCUGCCUCCAUCUUGCAGUUAGUUUGUGUUAUUGUGUAAUUUAGGUGUUUUAGGUAAAAUUAUUGUUUUUGUGAAUGGAGUCUGGUGUUUUGAAGAGAGCAUAGCUAACGGCUUCAGUUCCAUCAGAAAGGUCUGUCUGACAGCAAAGUAAAAUGGUGAAAAUAUUCUAAAUAUAACGUUCACUUAAACUGAUAUCGAUUCUUUUAGGUGUCUAAAAUAAGUCCACAGCCUUACAUUACUUUACUCUACCUACUGUAGUAACACCACUUCUACACAUCACUACUAUCUCUAUACACAUGUCUCCUAGAACUCUGUGAGAUGAUGAUGGCCAUUUUUCACAUUUUCUAGAUUACAUACAUCUAUUUAAGGAUAACUGCUGGAGUGGAAAUCAGCCUCUGAAUCAUGACUAUCUUUUUAAAGAGAUGAGUGAGGACAGUUAUUGAGAUAUUUCAGUUCUGUAGUUUAAAAGAAAAGUUUAUUAUCAUUUGUUUCCUGUUUGCCUUUUUUUUUUUUUUUUUUAGAUGUCUAUUUGAGCUUUACUUUGAUUUUCCUGACAACUCCUGAGAAUGUCUAGAUUCACAAUCCUUUUGUAUUUUUUUUUACAGUGUAUUUAUGUACCGUUACUGAAUCUGUAAUCCACUGGUGUGUUCUAGAAAUGUUUUUAUUGUAUUUUUGCAAUUAA